UUCCCUGCGGUAUGAGGUAUUUUGUAUAAAUGUGGCUUCUUAUCUAGGACACAACACUGCCGUCUGACCGCUAAAACAAAGCACACAGUCAGGAUAAUCGUCAGUAACCUGCAGUGGUUUGGAGAUGUCUCGUCUGUGUGGGCUACUUGUGUUUCUUUCUGGUUUCUGCUACAUCUUUGCCUCUUCAGAAGUCUGCACCAACUCCCUCAUACCUGGAGCUAAAGGAGAUCAAGGGGAAGCAGGUGAGCAGGGAGAAGAGGGAAAGCUUGGGAAGAAUGGACCACCAGGACUGCCAGGUGUGCCAGGUGAACCAGGCCUUAAAGGAGAAGUAGGUCCCGCAGGAAAGAUGGGCCCCAUAGGAGAGAAAGGUGACAAAGGUCCUAAAGGUUUCAAUGGACCAGUCGGGCUUAAAGGAAAAGCUGGUGCAACGUGUGACUGUGGGAGGUACAGAAAGGUGGUUGGAAAGCUUGAUGAGAACUUAGGGAAGCUGAGGAACACUGUUAAGUUUGUGAAGAAUGUUCUCCUGGGCUUGAAGGAGGCAGGAGAAAAAUACUACCUGCUUGUGAAGGAGCCCAAGAGGUUCAGAGAGGCUUCAAUGAACUGCAUGCUAAGAGGAGGCACCCUGGCCAUGCCAAAAACCAGCAGCAUCAACCGUCUCAUGGCAGACUACAUCAGCCAGGCAGGGCUGACGAGGGUUUAUGUGGGCGUGCAGGCUCAAAACAAAGACACGGUUGGACCCAGAAGUUAUAUUUAUGCAGACUCUACCCCUCUGCGGGAGUUUGCUGCUUGGAGCCAGGAGGAGCAGCUACAUCCCAGGUUACCUGCAGCCACCAACUCCAGCUGCGUACAGCUGCUCAGCACUGGGACAUGGCAUAACGUGGAGUGUGAGGCUACCCUGUUCUUCAUUUGUGAGUUUCCAAAGAGCAGGAGACGAGGAAGAGGAGGAACGCCUGCCUCCACAUCAUAACGAGAUCAUAACGAGACAACAUCAGGGAAAAUCUGAAUGACUUCUUAGCAUGGAUUAAUUUGAGGCUUUGCCAGCUCAUAGAUCCAGAAAGUCGGAGGAAAGAGUUUCCCUUUUUCAAAGUGGAUAAAUAAAAUUUAAAAAAAGUGCUAAGAGACAAAUUUCACUGCUUUGGAGAACAUUCUGAAAUUUGCAAUUAUACAAAACAUUAACUUCAUUGUUGUCCUCAGACAUGUUAACAUUGGCUCAGAGAAAAUUUGCCUUUCACAAUGUUUAUCAUUUUUCUUAUUUUUUUAUUCUAUAAUUAUGCUUUACCUUAUACCUUACGUAAUGUGUGAAGAAGAAAUAAAGUUAGUCAAAA